AUGGUGGAUGACACCUGCGUUGUCAAGAAAUUUAUCCGCGUGGUGCCUCCUUGUUUCACCCAGGUGGUUGUCUCCAUCGAGAUGUUCUGUGAUCUAAAGAAGAUGACGGUGGAGGAGCUGGUGGGGCACCUACGUGCGGCGGAGGACCAACUCGAUGACAAGGUCGAGCAGAUCGUCGACAAAACAGGGCAUCUCCUACUCACCGAAGAGGACUGGCUUGAGAAACACAAGCAUCGUUUCCAAGCUGGUUCCAAGGAGGGAGGCGGUGGUGCUGGUGGAAGCCAUUCGAAGGGCAAGACGGUGGCGCGCUCAGAUGGCGGCGGCUCAGGAGCAAUCAAACUGACCUCCAAGGGCACGCCAAGGCGAAAGGGGCACUAUCGUAACUGUGGCAUAUACGGCCACUGGGUGCGGGAUUUUUGCUUACUUGCACAGUCUGAUGAUGAGUCAUGGCGAUGGCAUGCUAGAUUUGGGCAUCUGAAUUUUAGAGCUUUGCAUGAUCUCGGUGCCAAGAACAUGGUAGAAGGUAUGCCAACUGUUAAAAGAGUGGAGAAAGUUUGUGAUGGGUGUGCUCUUGGGAAACAGCAUAGAACACCUUUUCCACAAGUGUCAAGUUAUAGAACAAAGAAGGGAUUAGAACUUGUGCAUGCAGACUUGUGUGGGCAUAUUACUCCUAAGACUCUAGGGGGUUCCUCAUACUUCUUGCUGGUGGUGGAUGAUCACAACAGAUAUAUGUGGGUGGAAAUGCUCAAGACAAAAGAUCAGGCUCUAGAUUGUUUCAAGAAAAUCAAACUAAGGGCUGAAAUGGAAUCUGGUGGCAAGUUGAAGGCCCUGAGAACAUAUAGAGGGGGAGAGUUUACUUCUAAUCCUUUCUCAAUUUUCUAUAGUGAAGGUGGGAUUAAGCACUACACCACCACCCCUUAUUCUCCCCAGCAGAAUGGAGUGGUAGAAUGUUGA